AUGGUGACAGUCGGCACCGGGCGCCGCGUGCUCUUCCGCUACGGCCGCGACGGCGCCCGCCUCUCCGAGCUGCUGUUCGACGGCGCGCGGGCCUCCUUCUCGUACGACGAGUCGUCGGGCCUCCUGCGGGCCGCCUCGGUGACGGCGGCCGACGGCGCCGCGUCGUGCUCCGUGCGCUUCCGGCACGCGGGGCCGCUCGUCGACCGGCAGCUCGUGCGCUUCGGGGACGGCGGCGACGCCGGAGGAGGCGGAGGAGGAGGAGGGGCGGGAGAGGAGGGGCACGCGGGCGCACGCUUCGACUACACGUACGACAGCAGCUUCCGCGUGACGGGCGUGCAGGCGGUGGUGGACGACACGCCGCUGCCCAUCGACCUGCUGCGCUACGACGAGCUGUCGGGCCGCCUCGAGCAGUUCGGCAAGUUCGGAGUCAUCCACUACGACAUGAACCAAAUCGUGAGCACCGCCGCCAUGGCGCUCACCAAGCAGCUCGACGCGCAGGGCCGCGUGCGAGAGACCCAGAUGGAGGUGAUGCGCUCCCUCGUCUUCCGCAUGACGCUCGCGUACGACGCCGCCGGCCGCGUCUCCCGGCGCGAGGUCCGCCUGGGGCCCGGCGCCGCCGGCUCCGGGGGCUCCGGGGGCGGGGGCGGCAACGGCACGCGGCACGCGUACGAGUACGACGCGGACGGGCAGCUGCAGGCCGUGUCGGUGGACGGGCGCAGCGCGUGGCGCUACAGCUACGACCUCAACGGGAACCUGCACCUGCUCAACCCGGGGGGCAGCCCGCGGCUGACGGCGCUGCGCUACGACCCGCGCGACCGCAUCACGCGGCUGGGCGACACGGCCUACGCCGUGGACGCCGACGGCUUCCUGGCGCGCCGCGGGCCCGAGCUGUUUGAGUACGACUCGCGAGGCCUGCUGGCCGGCGCCCGCAGGCCCGGCGCCGGCGGCUGGAGCGUGCGCUACCGCUACGACGCGCUGGGCCGCCGCGUGGCGCGCCUCGCCGGCGCCGGGGACCGCACGCAGUUCUUCUACGCCGACCUGGCGCGGCCGACCCGCGUCACGCACACCUACAACCGCUCCAGCCGUGCCGUCACCUCCCUCUACUACGACCUGCAGGGCCACGUGUUCGCGCUGGAGGUGAGCGGCGGGCAGGAGUGGUACGUGGCCUCGGACCACGUGGGCACGCCGCUGGCGCUCUUCGACGGCAAGGGCGCCCUGGCGAAGACGCUGCACUACACGGCCUUCGGAGAGCCCUACCUGGACUCGGCCCCCCACGUGCCCCUCCCGCUGGGCUUCCGCGGGGGCCUCUGGGACCCCCUGUGCCGCCUGGUGCACCUGGCCGGGCGCGACUACGACCCCCUGGCGGGCCGCUGGGCCGGCCCGGACCCGGGCCUGUGGGCCGGGCUGGCGCGCCGCCCGGCACCCUUCAACCCGUACAUGUUCCAGCGCAACAACCCCGUGGGCAGCACGGCCAGCGGGGACGGCGGCGCGGGAUACAUGACCGAUGUGAACAGCUGGCUGCAGACGUUCGGCUUCCAGCUGCACAACGUGAUCCCCGGGUUCCCGCGGCCUCGCGAGGAGAGCCCAGCAGGGCCACGCUACGAGCUCCAGGCCACGCUGCUCGCAGAGGACACGAUCGACGGCGCUAUGGACUGCGAGCUGUCGCGCCAGCUGCGCGCCUUCACCACCCUGGACAUCGCUUCGUUCCCGCGCCGCAUCUCGGCCAACGAGCUCGCCGACCGGUUCGAGCCGGCGGCGGCGCCGGCGCCUCCGCGGCAGCGCCCGCCGUCGCCGUCGUCGCCGUGCGGCUCCGCGUCCGAGCGUCCGUACUUCGCCGUUCCGGGCCCGUCGGUUCUCGGCCGGAACGUCCAGGUCGCGGUCGGCGCCGACGGCAAGAUCAGCGCCAGGGUGGCGGCGGUGUUCGGCGGCGGCGCCUCGCCCGCCGGCAUCGGCGAGCGGAAGGUGGCGACGCUGCUGCACAACGCCGUGCUGCUGGUGGGCACGCACCGCACCCACGCCGUCAACGGCACCGUGGUGCACCACCUGGUCAAGGCGGGCGCCCCCGACGCCGACUUGGCGGCGCUCGGACUUGCGGGCGGCGCCGGCGACGGGCGGCAAGGCAUGUUGGGGCUGAGCGGCGGCGGCGGCGGGAGGCAAGGAGGCGGCGCCGGUGGCGCCGGCGGCACCGGCGAUGAAGGGCAAGGGUCGCUCGGGUCGAACCUGGAGCAGCAGCAGCAGCAGCAGCAGCGCCAGCCGGGCAUGUGGACCCGCCAGCUGGUGCUGGAGGACAUGAGCACCGGCGGAACGGACGGGCUGGUAGUUCUACGUGCGCAGCAGUGGCUGAUGGCGCGCGUGAGCGCCGGCGCGGGCGGUUCGCCGUCCGGGCCGGCGCGUCCGGCGCCGUCGCGCCGAAUCACCGAGGUGGAGCUGAGCGGCGGGCGCCUCUCCCUGCGGGUGCGGUACGGCACCAGCGUGGCCGAGGAGCGGGUCCGGCUGGCGGAGGAGGCCCGGCAGAGGGGGGCGGAGGCCGCGUGGGCCCUGGAGCAGCAGAGGGCCCGCGAGGGCCUCCCCGGCGGGGCCCCGUGGAGCGACGGGGAGAGGCGCCAGCUCGCCGCCGGAGGGCGCGUGCCGGGGUACCAGCUGGUGCCGCUGCUGCCCUUGGACCAGUACCCGGAACUGGCGGACUCGCCGAGGUCCUACCGGUUUGUCCGGCAGAGCGGGGACGCCACCGGGCGGUGAUGGCGAUGGUGGCGGAGAUGGCAGUGGUAUAGCUGAUCAUGGUGGUGGUGGUGGUGGUGGAGAUGGGAGUGGUAUAGCUGAUCAUGAUGGUGGUGGUGGUGGAGACCAGAGGUGGUGGUGGUGGCGGCGGUGGCGGUGGUGCACCCAGUCCGGGCACAAGCGCCGUGGUCACGUGUCACCACCGCUUGGUGGAGAGCGGCAGCGGCUGUUGCAUGGCGGUGGUGGUGGUGACGUUGGCGGCGCCACCUCUGUGGAACACCACCGGCAAGGGGGGGGGGGGGGAGCAGGGGGUUGAAGUAGCCGAAACGGAAGAUGAUUUAUAAAGAAGAAGGGAGGUCCCAUGAUGGAGGUCCCAUGAUGGAGGUCCCAUGAUGGAGAUCCCAUGAUGGAGAUCCCAUGAUGGAGGUCCCAUGAUGGAGGUCCCAUGAUGGAGGUCCCAUGAUGGAGAUCCCAUGAUGGAGGUCCCAUGAUGGA